CCGAUUAAAAGCCGCGUGGGACCGGGAACAUCCUGCAGAGCCGGAACCGUCUCGCAGAUCUUUAGGUUCCGGUUCUAUGAGGUGUGGUCCCGAUCCCGUAAAAGUCCUGCGGGAUCGGGACCAUCCCGAAAAUCAAUAAAUCAAGGUGUUUUACCAUACAUUGAAUUUCGAAAAAGUUUCGUUAAACGAUUUCUGAUAGAGUAAACAUAACUGAUAAGAUCAGCUACGUGAAUAUAGUGCGGCAAGGACGGUAGGGGAACAAAGCUAUGAAGUCAAAAAUGAGGUGAUUUUUUGAUUGAUUUUGAAUUUUGAGGUGAUUCGUGCUGCAAGGGCUUCCAGAAAUCGACUUCCAAGAUACGUCAUAUUAAAAGCGGAGUCACAAUUUUAGUUUUUGUUAUAGGAAGUUCUGAAUUACUCAAAUCAAUUGAUUUACAGCAAUAUGGUGAUCAAAUUCAUGAAUACGCCCCUACUACUGGAGUCAAAGAACUACGUCAGGCUGUUGCUACUUAUUACAAUGACACCUUUCGCAAUGAUAAUAGUGAAUUAAAACCAUUUACUUAUGAAAAUGUUUGUAUUGUCCCAGGUGGACGUGCCGGACUUACACGAAUUGCUUCUGUCAUCGGAGAUGCAUACACUGGUUAUCAAUUACCUGAUUAUACUGCUUAUGAACAAUUGUUAACAAUAUUUCGUCGUAUUGUCCCAAUACCAACACACUUAGACUCGGAAAAACAAUAUAAAUUACAUGUUGACAGGUUGAGGCAAGAAAUUAGGGGACGUGGUUUGAGGGUAGUGUUAAUGAGUAACCCUAGAAAUCCAACUGGUGUAGUGAUUAAAGGACAAGAGUUAGAUGAAUUAGUGUCGGUGGGACGAGAAGGGAAUUGCACAUUGAUACUGGAUGAAUUUUAUUCAUGGUAUAUUUAUGACAACGAUGAUGACGCUAAGACCCCCGAUCGUGGUGAUUCAAAGACGUCUAGUGGCAACGCUAUUUCCGCAGCUUCUUACAUUCGUGAUAUCAAUGCUGAAUCAACAGUUAUUGUCGAUGGCCUAACAAAAGGUUUUCGUAAACCUGGAUGGCGCAUUGCCUGGGUUGUUGGUCCACGUGAAUUAAUUGCAGCACUUAAUCAAUGUGGCGGCUAUCUUGACGGAGGUGCUUCACAUCCUUUGCAAAUGGCUGCUGUGCCUCUUCUCGACCCAUCACGAACACGACAAGACCGUGCUGCUCUUCAAAAACAUUUCAAACAUAAACGUGAUUUUGUCAUUUCCCGCCUUAAUCAAAUGGGUUUUAAACAAAAAGCUUCCUCAGGAACAUUCUAUGUUUGGUUAAAUUUAAGUCAUUUACCUGAACCAUUGAAUUCGGGUUUAGUGUUCUUUGAAGAAUGUUUAAGAGAAAAAGUCAUUGUGGUGCCAGGUGUUUUCUUUGAUGUAAAUCCAUCACAUCGACGAAAUCUUAUGAAUUCGCCAUGUCAUCAUUAUGUACGAUUAUCGUUUGGACCACCACUGGAACAACUACAACGUGGACUCGAAGGAAUUGAACAUGUGAUUAAUAAAUUGAAAGAAACACAUCCAGAAAAUGGAACAUUAGGAAAAGGAUAUAUUGGAUCUGAUGAUCAGAGUAAAAAUUCGAAACAUCUAGCAGCUAUUAGUGUUAGUGGAGCGGCCAUAUAA